AUGCCCUUUGCUACGGACAUCCUGACUGACCCUUCUGUCUCAGCCUCUGCUAGACAGCAAGCUCUCAACCGCAUCUACUCUGAUCCUGGCCUCCCACAGAGUUCGACCACCUCGUCGUUCUGGACCUUGGGACCACACAACUUCAGCCAGGGAGCUGCAAAGCCUCUGCCCAAGGAAGCUUAUAUUGUCAUCAUCGGAUCCGGUAUUACCGGAGCAUCUAUUGCACGGACCUUGCUUCAGAACCGCGCUUCAAAUGCCUCUUUCACCUCCCAUCCAUCCGUGGUCACGCUCGAAGCCCGCACAGUCUGCAGCGGCGCAACUGGCCGCAAUGGUGGUCAUGUCCUGGAGACAGCCGACGAUUACGGCGAGUUCGCUGAUGCCUUUGGCAUCGACGCCGCGCGUAAGCUCAUCCGCUUCCGAUUGUCACAUCUGCGAGAGAUGCUCGCUGUCGCAGAGAAGCUUGGUAUUACUACAGAAACCCAAGCCCGAAAGGUUCGGUUCCUGAGUGUUUACUUUGGCGAUGAGCCUUGGAAGGCGGCGUUGGAGCGGAUGCACCGUUUCAAGGAGGGUAUGCCGGAGGAAUCUGCUGAAUGGACAUCUUAUGAGGGAGACGCCAUCCCGAAGGAGAUGUGCUUGACUCGUGCCCGAGGCGUCAUUGCCGGCCCCGCAGGCGCUCUUUGGCCCUACAAAUUCGUCACCGGCGUCCUCACACGUCUGCUCGCAGAAUUCCCGGAUGACUUCCUCGUCGAAGAAAACACCCCCGUGACCGCUAUUCACGACGACACUACUACCAACGGCCCGAGAUACAAGGUCGAGACAAGCAGAGGCACUAUCACCACCCGACACGUCAUCCACUGCACAAAUGCCCAUGUCAGCCACCUGGUCCCCGGCUUCCGGGGCCGAAUCUUCCCCGUGCGCGGGCAGAUGUCCGCGCAAACCCCCGGCGACAAGUUCCCCAACCAAGCAGCGGAUCAUUCCUGGCUCUUCAACUACGACCGCGGGUUCGACUACAUGACCCAGCUGCCGGACGGGCAGAUGAUGCUCGGUGGUGGCUUCACGCAGGGCGAGGGCGGCGGUCUAGCGGACCUGGGCAUCUCGACAGAUUCCGAUGUUAGUCUGUACAUUGAUAUCCACUUGUCUGGAGCUUUGCGUGCUAUCUUCGGAGCUAAAGACUGGGGCUGCGUGCAAGGCGACCCAGUGCAGGCGAUGUGGACUGGUAGUAUGGCGUUCAGCUCCGAUGGAUUCCCGUGGGUAGGACAGUUGCCUGGAGCUGUGACAGGUCGCUCUGAGCAUGGGUCUGAUGGCGCCGAGUGGGUUUGUGCUGCGUUUGGUGGGGACGGAAUGGUGCAGGCUUGGCUUGGUGGUAAGGCCGUGGCGACUAUGUUGCUUGCACGGGAUGCUUUGCUGAGUGAGACUGUCAGUGCGGACCUUUCGUGGUUCCCUGAGCAGCUGCUUGUGACGGAGGAGAGAUUUGCUGAGGCGGUCUUGCUGAAAGAGGUCGGCGAUGACGUGCGUAAGGCCAAUCUUUAG